AUGCUCGUGUUGAUCGGACCGGAAGCUCCUAUGGCGGUGCCAGGUAACAAGGAACAGAUGGCACAGCAGCUGCCGGCCUACGGUGAACUUCGAGGGUUUCCCUCCUACAGAAACCACCUGAUCGAAAAUGUCUCUCACGAGCACACACACGCACUCCACCUGUUGGAGGAACUCAUGAGGUUCUCCAUGCACAACGAGACAUUUGGCGAUGAAUUUAUAAAUACGGGCUGUCAUAACCAAUCUCAUUCGAGUGAGACGAGGGAGAGCCUCAGUCAUCCGGGCAGCCGAUUGACAGGGCGAACAUGUGACUGUGAAAAUCGAACGCUGUGUUCCUGUUGUUGCCGGUGCCGGGCAGGGACGUCACUGUCCAUGCUUCUCGAGAGGUCUUUGAGGAACUCAUUAAGAGUUGACGCCGUGGUCUUUACACACCGAAAACUGGAUCUUAGAAAAUCAAAAAACUCAGGUCGGCGCUGCCCGGUGGAUGGACGAGUGGGAAUCCUCACAGUUCCUUACUCACUCAGCACAUUGCGGCCACACGUCAAAUGUUAUGAGGCGGAUGAAUCGACCGUGGAGAGCGCUGCGGCGCUCCCGGCAAUUUUAUGGCAAUGGAGGCUAUCGAUGUCGCUGUGGCAGAACAUAUUCAAAAGAGUCGCCUACAUGCUGACGCACUCCAGAAAAGAAUUAGACGGCGUCAUCGCGGAGCCACGCUCGCGUACUGUGUGUUUUUCCAACACUACAAACUCGUCUCAGAGUUGGAUAGGAGAAGAACGAGGGCAAGGAUCCAGGCUGGCCUCUUAUGGUGCUGAAACACAGAAAGAUACAUUAGAUCCUGCACAACACGGUUUGCUGGACUCGCUCGGUGGGCAAUCCAGCGACUUUUUGGACGCUUUGCAGGACAUUCUUUCCUUUGUCCGCACUUACGCCUGUUUCAUCCCUUGGCUUGCGCCCAGAAGCUUGGAAGCACUGAAAGGCCCUGUGAGCCAUAGGCCGAAGCUGGCUCCUCAGCCUUCUUCAGACAUUCCUCAUGCCGUUCGAGAUCUGUCAAGCCGCUGCAUCGGUGCGCUCUCCGCCUUGUUCGAGGCACUUCUUUUUGCGUGCGUCGGAGAGGAGAGGCGGCGCGCUCUGUUCUUCUUCCUCUUUUCUCCCUCAGCGUGGUCAAUAUGGUCUCAGCAGCCUCUGGCGGCAUGUACGGACGGUGUGAGCGACGGCAAUGAAGGCUCGUGCCCCAAGAAGCGACGGCCAUGGAAAAACGACCAUGCUAAGCGGGUACUGCUGCGUUGUAGAUGCGUUGACAACAGGGGCCUACGAGCACAGGGGAAGCGCUGCAAAACUUUCAAGGCGCUUUUCCAAGCGAGCGUUGCUUGUUCCUGCGCUGCGGUUGCAGCUCUGGUGGCAUCCAGGCUUCCGGCGUCCAUCUACCCUCUCUUGUUCCCGUCUUGCUAUGGGCAGACCCUACACCACUUGGGAAGGCUCCACUUGCCUCUUCACGACCACCGGCGUUCCCGCGAGGACGAUGAGGAGCCCAGGAGUCUUGUCUCGUAUCAAGGGGAGUGGGAUGAGUUCCGUGAUUGCGGGCAUCCGCUCCGUGCCGGACAGCUGCCAGGUCCCGCUGGCCUAUCCGUUCCGGCCACCCGUUUGCGAGUUGUUAGAGCUUGUUCUUCGCACGGUCAGCAUUCAGGUCCACCGCUGCGACAGGAUGCAUCUUCCUUCCACACGGCACGAAAGCAGGAGAAACAGGGGUUCUGGCACAUUCCGGCCUCUCCGUCUCCAGAGCAUGCGCCAAGAUUGCGAGCGGCCCCAGACAGCUUUUACUCGGGCCAGUCGAACUGUUUGCUGGCGGACCGUUCAGUAUCGUGCUGGUGCGGCUGCCCGACCGAACAGCAAGUGGACCACUUUUUCUGGUUGCUGCUUCUUAUCCUUUCUCCAGCCUUGAACCACGCAAAAAGUCUCCUGGCGAUUGUGAAAAUGUGUGGGGCACGGGAGAAGGUUGAGAAGAGUGUCACGCGGUUUGGGGACUUCCAAUACGCAUCAACCAGAGAGAUGCCACGGAGUCACGUUCGUCCCGCCGCACCACCGACAGCCUCAACAUCCAUCGCCGGAAAAGGAUGUACCCAGAGCCGCUUUUGGGAGACGAGAGAAGGUUGCCGCGUUGCACGAAGAGCGGUAGCUGUGCCCGUGGGCGCCACGGUUCGAUACACAAACUACACGGGAGCGGGCAGACGUUUGGUGUCAGCGCCGUGCGGGCACUACUGGCGAAAACAGAGUGUGGAGUCGCUCCGCCGAGGCCUGCAUCAGGCAAGGGUGACAGAACAUGGAACCAUAUUGCUUCUCACGCAGCUACCACUUGAGAGUUUCCUCCAGCGUCUCCUUCCCAACCAUAGUGUGCUAGGGCCUCGUUCGUCGCGCCGGCGGACAGUCACACCAGAUCACCGAGGAAUGCCUUUCACUCGAAGUUUUCCUCGAAGAACAAGCUGCGUUGAAACGACGGUAUUCUCCAGAACACGACGCUUCCUUGGAGCGAUGCAAGAGAGUUGUGCGCAACAGACAGAUAGCUCGACUGCUAACCGGGUGUCGAGCCGGGGCGUGCCAGGGGCCAUUCAUGCACCAGGGAGAAGAAAGGCACAACAAGCGUUUCCUCUUCGUGCAGGCGACACUGGCAAUCAGGAAGGCUGUGGACAUACAUAUCUGAAUUCCGUUGAGCUCACAGCUGUCGAACACAUGCGAGGCGUGGAUCGAAUCGGAUACCUGUGUUGUCUUCUUCAACACUGUACUGAGUUUUCAAAGAAUCCCUCAGCUGUGCUUUCAGUUCGAGGCUUCCAUGCGACUCCUCGCUGCAGACCUGUAUUUCUCUGCAGCCCUUAUCCAGCUAAACGCCCUCGUUCACUCUAUUUCCCACCGUAUCUCCUUGUCGCCCCGGAUUGCGUUUCUCCUCACGAAACGAACAGGCGGUUGCCGUCCAGCCCAAAACAGCACAGUCGCGAUCUUUCAGAAACUCCGAGACUUCCUCACUCAUAUGCUUUUUCUGUCUCUCCACUACACUCUCCAAGUUUUGGUGCCAGCGCGGGUUCAACGCCGACGAGUUGCGUGUUGGGCCGAAGGUUAUGUUUCUCAUGGCAACCUCGACAGCGACUCCACAUCGCGGCCACGAGGUUCCUGCCAUCAAGACACACACUUGUGGAACUCCAUUGGGAUUUGCUCAGACAAUGGACCUGUUUACGUGCCGUCUCAACACGCACCGAUCGCGACAACUUGUGUCGAUUCUACGGGCCGAUUGAAAUCCAGCAAGACAUCAAAGAGUCACGGUGCAUCCGAAAAUGCUCCAGAGUUGAAGACAAUGCUACCCGGCUCGUAUCGGCUUGUCGAAGGCUCUUUCUCGCCUUUCCGAGAGUUCCAGAUGAUUUUCGUGCACACGCUUCCGGCUUUCACAUUGAGCACAGAAGUUGGAAGGGAACUGCUAAUGAAUCACUGGCCCUGGGACUGCCUUGA